AUGCAUCGUGUCGGGAGUGCUGGAAACACAGCUGGUUCAAGUCGACCGAGAAAGGAGAAGCGCUUCACAUAUGUGCUCAAUGAUGCUGAUAAUAAAAAGCAUUGUGCUGGAAUCAACUGCUUGUCGUACCUGAAUGCUUCUGCUUCUGGUACAAGUGAUUAUCUUUUUACUGGGAGUCGCGAUGGUACCUUGAAGAGAUGGGAAUACCAAAAUGGGGACGCAAACUUUUCAGCAACCUUUGAGUCACAUGUUGAUUGGGUUAACGAUGCCAUUAUUGUUGGCCAAAAUCUUGUUUCCUGUUCCUCAGACACCACAUUAAAGGUGUGGAAUUGCUUAGCAGAUGGUGCUUGUACCAAGACUCUCCGCCAGCAUUCUGAUUAUGUGAUAUGUCUUGCUGCGGCUGAAAAGAAUAGCAAUAUUGUAGCCUCUGGUGGCCUUGGUGGUGAGGUCUUCAUAUGGGAUCUUGAUGCUGCUAUUGCACCUAUAGCCAAAUCUGUAGAUGCAAAAGAGGAUGAGGUUCCUAACGGAAACUCUGGACCUGCUUUGUCAACCUUGUGCAAUGUAAAUUCUAGUGGCAACAUUGUUUCUACCAACGGAAAAUCACAUGGGUACUGUCCAAUUGCUGCCAAAGGUCAUAAGGAUUCAGUUUAUGCAUUGGAUAUGAAUGAUACAGGGACAUUGCUUGUCUCUGGUGGUACUGAAAAGGUUGUUCGUGUUUGGGAUCCCAGGACAGGUUCUAAGAACAUGAAAUUGAGAGGGCACACUGACAAUAUCAGGGCUUUGCUUAUUGAUUCCACUGGAAGGUAUUGUCUAUCAGGCUCGUCUGACUCAAUGAUAAGACUAUGGGAUCUAGGACAGCAACGCUGUGUGCAUUCUUAUGCCGUUCACACUGAUUCGGUUUGGGCGCUCGCAAGCACCCCUUCAUUUGGUCAUGUUUAUAGUGGUGGAAGAGAUCAGUCCGUGUACCUGACAGACCUCUCCACACGAGAGAGUGUCUUACUAUGCACAAAUGAACACCCAAUCCUACAGUUGUCCUUGCAAGAUGAUACAAUAUGGGUUGCAACAACUGAUUCUUCUGUUUAUGGAUGGCCAGCUGAAGGGCAAACCCCACAAAAGGUUUUUCAAAAGGGAGGCUCAUUCUUAGCUGGGAAUUUGUCAUUCUCAAGAGCAAGAGCUUCUUUAGAAGGAUCAGCACCUGUGCCUGUAUACAAAGAGCCAUCUUUCACUAUUCCUGGAGUUCCAGCUAUAGUUCAACAUGAGAUCAUGAAUAAUAGAAGGCAUGUCCUGACAAAGGAUACUGUUGGUUCUGUUAAAUUAUGGGAGAUUACUCGAGGAGCUGUUAUCGAAGAUUUUGGCAAGGUUUCGUUUGAUGAUAAGAAAAAGGAGUUAUUUGAGAUGGUUAGCAUACCUGCAUGGUUCACCAUGGACGCUCGAUUGGGGUGCCUGUCUGUUCACCUGGAUACUCCACAAUGCUUUUCUGCAGAAAUAUAUGCGGUUGAUUUGAAUGUUACUGGAGCACAGGAAGAUCUUAAGAUUAAUUUGGCUCAUGAAACUCUUCGUGGUUUGUUAGUUCAUUGGAGUAAACGAAGGCCGAAACCAGGCCCACACAGCUUGUCCAAUGGUGAUUCUUCAAUAGGGAAAGAUGUAUCAUUGAAAAACUUACCACAUCCAAGAUCCGACGUCGACGAUGGAAGCGAAAACCAUGCAAAUAAUGUGCUUCCCUCGUUUGAGUUCUCCACGGUUUCGCCUCCAUCAAUUAUCACGGAAAGUUCUAGUGGAGGGCCUUGGAGAAAAAGAAUUACCGAUUUGGAUGGAACCGAGGAUGAUUUGCCAUGGUGGUGUGUGGACUGUGCUGAGAACGGCCGAUUUCCAAAAGAGAACACAAAGUGUGGCUUUUAUUUGCAUCCAGCCGAAGGCUCACCUGCACCAAACAUAACGCAAGGGAAACUCAGCGCUCCACGGAUACUGCGAGUUCUCAAAGUUGCUAACUAUGUUGUUGAGAAGCUUGUUCUUGAGAAACCAUUGGAUGGAAGUCCGGACAGCACAUUUGCCAUGGGUUUGACCUCUGGCACAUCAGCCCUAGAUAGUUCUUCACGGCUUGGACUAAAGCCAUGGCAAAAACUGAAACCUUCUGUCGAGAUAUUGUGCAACAACCAGGCAAGUAUUCAAUACUUUUUGCAGCAGGUUCUGUCACCUGAGAUGAGUUUGGCGACGGUGAGGACAUAUAUUUGGAAGAAGCCGGAGGAUUUGAUUCUUAAUUACAGAGUGGUCCAAUCAAGAUGA